CUCUUCGUAGCCGUCUCUGAAACCAUUAGUUCUUGUGUUCCUUCCUCCUCUCUCUUUCUGGAGUUUUGGAUGGAGACGUGAGCUUCUUCUUCUUCUUCAUCCCAAAACUACGAAAGAGAUACACUUUCUGGAGGUCUCUGAAACCAUUAGUUCUUGUGUUCCAUUCACAUGGCACUUUCUCUCCUCUCUCCAAUUCCUCCAUCUGCCUCUUCUCUCUCUCCUGUUUACUCCUUAUAUCAACUAAAAGGAAGCAGCAGAACCUCCUUUUUCGGCGGUUUCAGAAGCUCAUGGAACCUGAGGAUUGAUUCUUUAGCGGAAAAGAGGCAACUUGGUCUCAUGGUUUCUAGAAACGGUGGAGAGGGAGGAGAAUUGGAUGAUAUGGAUGAAUGCCAAAUCGAGAGCAUCGGUGGCCAAGACGAAGAUGACGAGGAAAUGACACAAGCCCAUACUUCUUCUUCUUCCCCUGAGAGAUGGGAUGUUUUGGGUCUCGGCCAAGCCAUGGUAGAUUUCUCUGGAGUAGUGGAUGAUGCGUUUCUAAAGAAACUAGGCUUAGAAAAAGGAACGAGGAAGUUGAUCAAUCACGAGGAGAGGGGUAGAGUCUUGCAAGCAAUGGAUGGUUGCAGCUAUAAAGCUGCCGCUGGAGGGUCACUGUCCAACACUCUUGUCGCUCUCGCGAGAUUAGGUUGUCCAUCCAUCACCGACCGCCCCUUGAAUGUCGCUAUGGCUGGCAGUAUUGCUGGUGACCCUCUCGGUAGCUUUUACAGGACUAAACUACGUCGAGCAAAUGUAAAUUUUCUAUCUGCUCCAAUCAUGGAUGGAACAACAGGAACAGUGAUCGUUCUCACCACUCCUGAUGCACAGCGUACCAUGCUUGCAUAUCAGGGAACAUCUUCUGUGGUUAAUUAUGAUUCUUGUUUGGCUAGUUUGAUAUCAAAGACAAAUGUCUUUGUUGUGGAAGGCUACUUGUUUGAGCUUCCUGAUACUAUAAAGACCAUAACAAAAGCCUGCGAAGAAGCUCAUAGAAAUGGAGCCCUUGUUGCUGUUACUGCAUCAGAUGUGUCUUGCAUUGAGAGGCAUUAUGAUGAUUUCUGGGACAUUGUGGGCAACUAUGCAGACAUUAUAUUUGCCAACAGUGAUGAAGCAAGAGCGUUUUGUCACUUUUCAGCAGAUGAAAGCCCUAUCUCAGCGACAAGGUACUUGAGCCACUUUGUCCCGUUUGUUUCGGUGACCGAUGGAAUCAACGGGUCGUACAUUGGAGCCAAAGGAGAGGCCAUAUACAUCCCUCCAUCACCUUGCGUGCCGGUUGACACGUGUGGUGCUGGAGACGCCUACGCUUCAGGGAUCUUAUACGGUAUCUUGAGAGGUGUCACUGACUUGAAAGGGAUGGGAGAGCUGGCUGCCACGAUUGCAGCCACUGUGGUUGGUCAGCAAGGAACCAGGCUUAGGGUUCAGGACGCUGUUGAGCUGGCUCGGUCUCAUGACUUCCGUCUCAACAGUGUUGGAACUGAUGUUGUUGGGUCUUGAUCAAGUCUCUGUAGCUUUGAUUGAUUCUCUGUUUCUAUGUAGCAGUGCUUUUGCAAUUAACUUGUAAUCUCCUCUUUUAUUUUUCUCAUCUAGUGGAAAACGUUGGAAUAUUUGUUGUAUGUAACAUUUUAGUAUAUAGUCCUCCUCACUUGUAUACAAGUGUUUCUUCCA